AUGGCAGGUGUCCAGGAAGCGCUGGCCAUGGACUGUGAGAUGGUAGGAGUCGGGCCCAGACGGGAGAGCGGCCUGGCCCGCUGUAGCCUUGUGAAUGUCUACGGUGCUGUGGUCUAUGACAAGUUCAUCCGGCCUGAAGGCAACAUCACCGACUAUCGAACCCUGGUCAGUGGGGUCACGCCUCAGCACAUGGAGGGGGCCACACCAUUUGCCGUGGCCAGGCUGGAGAUUCUGCAGCUCCUGAAAGGCAAGCUAGUGGUGGGUCAUGAUCUGAAACAUGACUUCAAGGCGCUGAAAGAGGACAUGGGCAGAUACAAAAUCUACGACACGUCCACUGACAUGCUGCUGAGGUACAAGGCCAACCUACACCACUGCAAGCGCGUCUCCCUCCGGGCGCUGAGCGAGCGUCUCCUCAAGAGGUGCAUCCAGAACAGCCAUCUGGGACACAGCUCAGUGGAAGACGCAAAGGCAACCAUGGAACUUUACCUGAUCUCCCUGCAGAUCUAGGCCCACCAAGGAAUGCCAAGGAUUGCAGUCACUAGAAGCUAA